AUGCUCGCGCAAUCCAUCAGGGCUUCGCGCCAGGCGCUCGCACGCGUCGCCCGCCAGCAACCUGCGUACCUCGCCCGCCGCACCUUCAUCACUCCCACGGCGGUUCGCUCAGCCGAUCUAGUGCAGGACCUCUACCUCCGCGAGCUCAAGAACUACAAGGUGCCGCAAGUCAAGGCCGCCGAUGCCGAGGGCCACGUCCAGAAGUUCUCCGUUCCCAAGGCCCCCGCAUCUCCCGAGGAGAGCGACAUUGCGAACGAGCUGAAGUCGUACGAGACACAGGCGGUCGAUGUCGAGGGUGCUGUGAGCGAGGAUGGCACCGCGCUGCCCGAGGAGGACUGGUUCGAGGAGGAGGACGAGAGCGCCGCGACUCCUGCCCAUUAA